GGUGUUUGAUCAUUUCCCCAAAUGAAUCAUUUCCUAAAAUCAAUAGAGUUUGAGGCCGCUGCAACUCAUACGAUCUGAUAAAUGUUUUGAGAUUUUGUGGAUGAAGAAAACGGAAAGAUGAGCUGCGAUCGACUCAGUGAGUUGCCCGACUCUUUAAUUUUCGAUAUUUUUCAGUUUCUGCCGAUUUCGGAUGUUGUUCGGACAACAUUUCUCUCCAAGCGAUGGAAUAACCUCUGGACCACCUUCCCUUUUCUCAUUUUCAAUGAUCGUGAGCUGAUAACUGAUUCUGAUAAAUUUCGAAACUUCAUUAAUGGGGUCGUGAAUUCUUGGAGAGGGAUCAAGAUUACGGGAUUAAGUUUUGAUUUAGUCGGUUCCGAUCCUAAGCUUAAGGAGCCUUAUCCUAGUGAUAAUGAUAUUGCUUCGUGGAUGCACUUCGCGACUGAGAAAAACGUCGAAGCAUUGAUAUAUUAUAUAGCCCACCAAUUUGAGGUGCCGCAGUUCCUCUACUCAUGUUCAUCCCUUAAAGUUUUGAAGUUAAUACUUUGGUACCCUCAAAUUCAUGGUAAUGUGCAAUGGGAUCGACUCAAGAAAUUGACAAUUGUUUGUAUAGGCUUCACUCAAAAUACAAUUGAUCAAAUUUUGCGUGGUAGCCCUCGCUUGGAAUUGUUUGAUUUGACUCUUGGCGGCCAAAGCAGUGCAGACACGAGAGAAUAUUGCAGCAUAGACUUGAGCAUCCGAUCUAGCAGUUUGAUGCAUCUUAUAUUGUGUUAUAAGAAAGAUGGCGGUAACAUAGAUCCCGAGCUGAGAAUUUGGACCCCGAAUCUUCAAAUACUGUAUAUUGGUGGAAUUCCAUAUCGCAAGUGUUUGCUGAUUAACGUUUCGUCUUUACUUAAAGUGUCCAUUGACAUUCGCGGGUUUCCAAACGAGUUUCCUGGGACUGAGUUUGUGGGAGAGACGCUCACUCGAAUAUUUCCAACCUUCAAACAUGUACAAUUCGUGAUAUUUACAAAUUGGUGCAUCAAGUCAGUUGGAGCCAUGAAAAGCAAACAUUAUCUUUCACCUCUUCCAAUUGCCAUCAUCUUGAGGCUCGUUGUUUCUCCCAAAGAAUACAAACACAUUGUUGUAGUUCUUGAGUUGUUCCCUAACUUGAGGAACUUAUACAUUGAUACCAUCUAUAAAAACUGUGUAGCAGAGCAUGCCGAGAGUUUAUUUGAGUUUGACCAUAACCUCCCCGACUGGUUUCUGCAGCUUCUGGUUCGAGUUGAUGUCAUUGGUGACGACUCCAUAUUUCCAUUGAUACAAAUUUUGCUCAAGUACGCGACUAACCUAGUAGUGAUGGAUUUCACGCUAGAAAAAGGUAAGCAAUCGGGUAUACCGUGCAAGUCUUUGUUUAUGGUAUCACUGAAGUUGCUAGAAAUGGAAAUAUCCUCCCCAAAUGCAAACUUGGUUUUCCGCUCAGAUCGUGCUAAGUACCCUAAACUUAAUAAUACAUACGUUGUUGAUAUAAUAAAGAUGCCUUGAAAUUAGAUAGGGAAACCACACCAUUAAUCUAGUAAUGUUCUAUUAAUAAAUUCAGUUUUGAUUGAGCUGAACUUAAUAAUAUAUACAUUAUUCAGUUAUU